AUUGGUCCAUUCUUCUAGGAAUACUACGUACUUUUUAAUACUACAAUAAUAAUUACUCCAUAAUCUCCUUAAUUUUCUACCUUUUCACACACAAACACACUUUUUUCUCUCUUCUUCUCACUCUCUCUUUUUUCAACAGCCAUGCAAAUUUUAAUGCUAAUCUCCUGUCCUUUUUUCCCUACUGUAAACUCAGUCCACUCCUCCCUAUGCAUCUUGUCUUCUUCAACUAGUAGCAGCAGUUUUCAUUGACCAAAUACAAAAAAAAAGCAAAGCAGAGCAGAGCAUUUGUACACAACAAUGCUUUUACCUUACCAUAAAGUUUUCAUAUUUUUCUCUUUUUGAACAACUUGUUCUUCUUCUUGAUUCUUGAUUCUUGAUUAAGUGCCAUUUUUUUUAUUUAAGAAAAAAAGCAUUUUGUAUACUACAAUGGUGUUUCCCUUCUUCUUCUUCCUCCUUUUCCUUUUCUGCUCAACUCACUGUAUAUCAUUCGCCGCCGUCUCCGCCCACAACCGCCGUGUUCUCCACGAAUCCUUUUUUCCAAUAGACUCACCACCACCUUCUCAACCCCCACCUCCCCCACCCUCCCCUUCUUCACUCGUUUCAUUUCCUGCUAAUAUCUCUGAUAUUAACCUCCCAAAUACCUCCAAAUCUAAGCAUGUUUCCUCUAAGCUCAUUAUCACUGCCAUUACUUGUGUUCUUGCUGCUAUCAUUGUUCUUUCCAUCGCCAUCUGUUUGCACGCAAAGAAAAGGAGGCGCCAUUUUAAUGACCCAAAAACACAAAGAUCCGAUAAUAGCAAUAGACUGAAUCAUGGUAGUAGUAAAAAUGAUGGUAAUACUAAUAAUAGUAUUCCUAAGCUUCAACAACCAUCUCAAACUAGUUCAGAGUUUCUCUAUUUGGGUACUAUUGUCAAUUCACAUGGCGGCAUUAAUAGUGGUAGUAACCCUGAUACAGCUCCAUCUUCGAGAAAAAUGGCCUCCCCGGAGCUCCGUCCACUUCCGCCGUUAAAUGGACGGAAUUUAAGUCAAAAUUACAGGAAUACCCGUAACGAUGAUGAUUUUUACUCUACUGAGGAAUCUGUGGGUUAUAUAGAGAGCUCUUUUGGAGCUGGAUCAUUGUCAAGGAGAGAUUUUGCUGCUGUUGAAGUGAAUAAAUUUGUCGGGUCGAGCUUGUCGGGUUCGGAUUCAUCCUCGAGUUCCGGGUCGGGUUCCCCGAACCGGUCUGUAUCUCUGAGCAUUUCGCCUCCGGUGAGUGUGAGUCCAAAAAGGGAAAGUUGUUCAAGACCUAAGUCACCGGAACUGAUCGCCGUUGUGACCCCUCCGCCACCUCAGCGUCCACCUCCUCCUCCACCUCCAUUUGUACAUGGGCCUCAAGUUAAGGUAACUGCAAAUGAGAGUCCAGUAUUAAUUUCUCCUAUGGAGAAAAAUGAUCAAAAUGUUGAGAACCAUUCUAUUGAGAAAAAUGAGGAGAAAAGUGAGGAGAUACUUAAGCCAAAGUUGAAGACUUUGCAUUGGGAUAAAGUGAGAGCAAGUUCGGAUUGCGAAAUGGUGUGGGAUCAACUGAAAUCAAGCUCAUUUAAGUUGAACGAAGAGAUGAUAGAAACAUUGUUUGUUGUGAAGAAUCCAACUUUGAAUACAAGCGCAACAGCUAAACACCUUGUUGUUUCCUCAAUGAGUCAAGAGAAUAGGGUACUUGAUCCAAAGAAGUCACAGAACAUUGCAAUUUUGCUGAGGGCUCUAAAUGGAACCACAGAGGAAAUAUGUGAAGCCCUCUUAGAAGGAAAUGCUGAAAAUAUUGGGACUGAACUCCUUGAGAUUUUAUUGAAGAUGGCUCCAUCCAAAGAGGAGGAACGUAAACUAAAAGAAUACAAAGAUGAUUCUCCAUUCAAGCUUGGCCCCGCGGAGAAGUUUCUGAAAGCAGUGCUUGAUAUACCUUUUGCAUUCAAAAGGAUAGAUGCUAUGCUGUACAUAUCAAAUUUUGAUUAUGAGGUUGACUACCUCGGAAAUUCAUUUGAAACUUUAGAGGCAGCAUGUGAAGAGUUGAGAAGUAGCAGAAUGUUCUUAAAGCUUCUAGAAGCAGUGCUAAAGACGGGAAACCGCAUGAAUGUUGGGACAAAUAGGGGUGAUGCUCAUGCCUUCAAACUUGACACACUGCUAAAGCUUGUAGAUGUGAAGGGAGCAGAUGGAAAAACAACCCUCUUGCAUUUUGUGGUUCAGGAGAUUAUAAAAAGUGAAGGUGCUCGUCUUUCUGGUGGAAAUCAGAAUCAUCAACAGUCUACUACCAAUGACGACGCUAAGUGCAAGAAGCUUGGCCUCCAAGUUGUUUCCAACAUUAGUUCAGAACUUAUAAAUGUCAAAAAAUCUGCUGCCAUGGAUUCAGAAGUACUCCACAACGACGUCUUAAAGCUUUCUAAAGGGAUUCAAAACAUUGCUGAGGUUGUACGUUCCAUUGAAGCUGUCGGAUUGGAGGAAAGCAGUAUUAAAAGAUUCUCCGAGUCCAUGAACAGGUUUAUGAAAGUAGCAGAAGAGAAGAUUUUAAGGCUACAAGCUCAAGAAACAUUGGCCAUGUCGCUGGUGAAAGAAAUAACCGAGUAUGUCCAUGGAGAUUCAGCUAGAGAAGAGGCUCACCCUUUCAGAAUAUUCAUGGUUGUUAAAGACUUCCUAAUGAUUCUUGAUUGCGUUUGCAAGGAAGUUGGAACAAUAAAUGAGCGGACGAUAGUUAGUUCUGCUCAAAAGUUUCCAGUUCCUGUUAAUCCAAAUCUACAACCUGUCAUUAGUGGAUUCAGAGCUAAACGGCUGCAUAGUUCCUCUGAUGAGGAAAGCUCAUCUCCUUAGUAGCAUUAUUUGGUCAUAACAGGCAAACGCUAGUUUUUUGGUUUUGGCCAAAACCAAUGUAAUCUAUUAUAUAGGAAGCAUAGGAGUUUGCCUUAGAUUGUGCAGAACUAUUUAGGCAUAUGUAACUCUUUUAUCUAUCUGAAUUUUGUAUUAUAUUAGAUCAUUCUAUAAGAUAUUGGGAAUUUCUAAUU